GUCUAAAAAUAGUUUCGAUUGCACUAAAAAAUGGCGUCUGCUAAGCCAAAAGAAACAGAUUAUUCCCAGUGGCCAGUCAUUGUUCACACUGAACUAACGAAUUCGUCUGUUUCAAAACUACUGAUACAGAAAAGAAUAAAAUUGCGAACAUCCAGCCUAUUGUCGGAAGGUAUGGUUCUCUUCCCUAAAGCUAAAGUUGUCUUUCUGAUACUGGAGCUCAAGAAACAACUUUUGUCCGAGAUGGAAACCUCAGAUGCUGGACUGCUUAACGAUGGAAACAAUUGUAGAAUCUUCAAUAGAAUUGAAAAGCUGAAGUGUUUCCAUGGAAUACCGGUGGUCUUACUUCUGGCACCACUGUUCACCAGUAAAGAGUUCAAAGCUGUGUCAGACCUGCAGAUAAAAUACUUGAGUGACAAAGUUUCCUUCGUACCGACACACGAUGCCGAGGAAACAGUUGCAGCCAUGAUAGCCAUUGCUGAUCUUCAGACCCCGCCCAAGUCUGAUCUCCUCGCCGAACGGUUUCGAGAAUUACGUAGCAGUCUUCUUAAGCCUGCGUCUUUCCUCGCCCAUUAAAGUGAUAGCACAGGAUUCCUGGCUGAGCGCUUCAUUGCUGACAUAAUAGGCUACUUACAACAGUGUAUGUGUGUUGAGUGUGUCUAGAAAAAGGGGGGGGGGCAGUAGGCUGUAAAGUAGAAAUGAUUACCUGUGUGUGUGUGUGUAUCAACAUUCCCCCGUGUCGUCUUGUCAGAAGGAACGGGGAAAUCGUGCAUGGAAAAUUGUGUAUUUCACUUUUUAGUCCAAGGGUUCUCACUCGAAGUCACCCGACCCUUAAAAAAAAAGGAAUGUAGAUGUUCUCUUGUUUGUGUUGUUAGCAGGCAGCACGUCCUACUAGAAAGAGUGAAAAGAGAACAACUCAAGAAGUAGUUGAAGGAGGUCAAUUAGAACUUUGAAUCCUUCAAGCAUCCUCUGACAACUCAAUGUACAUGUAGGUCUACUCGAGAUAUUGGUUGACUCUAGGCUUACACUAGGAAUGAUACAUAAUUCAUUAGUAGGAUUAAUACAGAAUCACAGCAGAUCUCUUGAUGGAUGCUCUAUAAGAUUGUAAUACAGCCGUAGAACUUCUCUAAACAGUGCAAUGCUGAUGCUCUAUGUUUGUGCAAGUCUAACACCAUCCUUCAUGAAGACAAUUGUAGGUGGAAACAACGUUGAUAUUUUACAAGAGGCUUUUUUUUUCUGCUUUCAAAACAUUUACGUGCAGACAGACAACGCAAACACAAUAGCGGUUCUCUAUUCUGCGACUAAAAAGAAGUGUUUACCUAUAGCCUACCUCUAAACAUAAACGCUCACACACACAGUAGAAUGUUGUUGUUUUUUUUAAUGAAUGGACCAGUUGAAAACAUCUGCAUUUAUUUUGAACACCUGUCGCUGUAUGUAAUAACUUCAUUUCAGACUUUAAAACUUUCAAUAAAUAUUUAGAAAUUCGGCUUCAAAGAAAUAAAUCGGCGUACGUUUAGUCCUUACCUACCCUCCUGCUGCUGGGGCCAGGAACAUAGGCAAGAGUCAUUCAGUGCAGUACUACAGUAGAAAGGUGUAAGGGAAGCAACUGAGCCAUUAAAUAGUGCCAGCAGAAGUGAAUGGGUUUAUCUUACGUUUGGAAAGAAAAUGUUAUGGAUGUGAGUUAAAACUUUUCACUGAUAUAUAUAUAUAUAGAGAAAGAGAGCCUACAUAGCUCACUGUUUUCUUGUAACUCAAUUUUUGUAAUACAGAGCAUUACAGUUCAUGCUGCAUUGGUUCAAACAAAUAUUUAUGUAUUUUGAAGUGCUCAUUUUGUUUGUGCCUAUUAAGAGAAGUGUAAAUGUUUAGUAAUUAGCCUAGAUAUGUGCAGAAAAGAAAAGUAACUUAUCUAUUCAAGGAUUGUUUACUGUCUGCUUCAUUGCCUAGCUU